AAUUGGUAUUUGUCGUGCGCGCUUCGUCCGUAUUCCGUUCUCACCGUGUCCAUGUUUUUGUCAUCGCAUUGACGCAUUCACUACAUUUCAGCGAUCAACAGUUCCACUACGACUGUGUGCGCAAGGUGAAUGCAUCGGCCGUCGCGCUCCUUGUGAUCAUCUCUCCGCCGCCAAUUUAUCAGCGUUAUUUUACCAUUAAAUGUUGUUGUAGUAGUGUGUCGUGUGUGAUUUUGUCGUUAUCAUUUUUGUGUCGUUUCUCGAUUUAAAUUUUAUUCAUAAAAUUAAUUUCAGUCAUCGUUAUUUACUGUAGUGUUUCCUUACCUAUAUUAAAAAGUACAUUACUUUUUAUUAUUACUUCCUUAAAACGAUGAUUCACGUAAACUCUUAAUUGCGGUCGUUGAGAAGUAUUGUAGUUACAGUACUUGGUAAAGCGUCGCAUUAUUUAAAAAUACUAGCAAAUAAAACGUUUGUAGAUUCGCCGCGUGUGUUUUGUGGCCGGUGCAUCAAUGUGCGUUUACUAAUAUAUUCAUUGAGCACCCAGCAGCUUCCGAAAUGCCUGCUGAAGAUGAUUCGUCUGUGUUGUCCAACAUCUGCGUGGGCUGUGAAUGGCUGGCCACCGAACUGUCGUCUAGUAACAAGUGUCAGUUGCUCAUACUUGACUGUCGUAGUUCGAUGGACUUCUCAGAAGGUCAUAUUCGCGAUGCAGUUAAUUUCAGCAUACCUACUAUCAUGCUGAGGCGGUUGGCCGCUGGUAAAAUUGACUUGGCGUCCACAGUCAAGUGCACUGAUCUCAGAGAGCAAAUUGUUAAUGCAUACAAGGAAAGCGUGUUUGUGCUGUACGGUGACGAGCGUUUGGACGAUCGCAAGACUACUUCGCCCGUAUCAGACACAAUGAUUGUGUUGGCCAAGCGAUUGCUGAAGGAUGGAUGCAAGGUUCACUGUCUGAACGAGAGUUUUGAUGCCUUCCAACAAUCGUACCCUGAAUGGUGUGAAUCGUUUUUGGAACGUUGCGCUCGGGCCAAUGAAGACAUGACCGGUUUCAUUGGUGACACAGACACCUUGAUGGGUUUGCGGUCGCUGCAUAUCACCCCAUCACUUGUGCCUCACAACCGGAAUGCACGCCGCCAGCACCAGUUGAUGUCUGUGCUCAGCACGUCUCCCGAGAGCUCCGGUGGUUCGGACAUCGACAGCCUCUCCGACGUGGAUAGCUCCAGUUCGAUACUUGGUUACGAUGAAGACCGUGACUUUCCCGUGGAAAUCCUACCUGACCUGUUCCUCGGUAACGCGUCAAAUUCGGAAGACUUGGAAUGGCUCAAGAAACACCGGAUAGAGUAUAUUUUGAACGUUACGUCGGACUUGCCUAACACUUUCGAAGAACAAGGACAUAUCAAGUACAUGCAGAUACCCAUUUCCGAUCAUAUCGGGCAAAACCUUGCCAGCUUUUUCCCUCAAGCAAUAGAAUUCAUCGAUAAGAGUCGAGCGCAGAAAAAAGGCGUCUUGGUGCACUGUCUGGCGGGCAUAUCUCGUUCAGUAACCGUGAUGUUAGCGUACCUGAUGGCCCACCGGCAACUGACACUGAACGAAGCAUACAACAUGGUGCUGAAGCGCAAGGCAAACAUCGACCCGAACUUCCACUUUAUGCAGCAGCUGCAUUCGUUCGAGAAGCAGCUGUUGGACGCCCGGACGCAGCCCAAGCAGCAAUCGGCCAACUUGACGGGGUCGUCGACGUCCAACUACCUUAGCCCGCUUUCAACGGCCGUCCAAAGUCCGGACAGCGGCAUCGAGUUCGACCGGUGGACGCCCGGCACCGGUGGAUGAGAAACGUUUGAGGGCGACGAUCAACAUCGACGAUCGCCCCAAACCAAGUAUCGUUUCUGACCGAACGACGCCACUACGUGUAUUAAUCUACUUUUACUACUAUUAUACUACCUACUAUUAUACUACCUACUACUUUAUUACUACCACUACUAUUACUACUACUUAC